AUGUUCACCAAGGCCGUUUUCGCAAGCGCUCUCCUUGCCGCCGUCUCGGCUCACCAGAACAUGCACCAGCUCUGGGUCAACGAUGUUACUCCUGGUUACCAGGUCGGCAUCCGGAUGCCACCUUCCAACAGCCCCGUUACCGACGUAACCAGCGACGACAUCGUCUGCAACGUCAACGGCGCCAAGGUCCCCUCCGGUGUUGAGACCGUUGCUGCCAACGAGGGCGACACCAUCAAGGUUCAGUGGGACCAGUCCGGCCACCCAGGUCCUAUCACCCACAUGCUUUACGGACCCGUCGACGAUGCUUCCCAGGCUACCGGUAUCGGUGCCGGAUGGUUCAAGAUUGACGAACUUGAUAACGUUGACGGAAAGUGGGCGAACGAGAUCAUGGGAGCUAACAACAUGACCCGCGAGUUUGCUCUCCCAACUGGUCUUGCCAGCGGCGAGUACCUGCUCCGCUCAGAGAUGUUGGCACUUCACGGUGCCCAGACUGUUGGCGGUGCGCAGUUCUACAUUGGCUGUGCUCAGCUCAAGAUCACUGGUACCGGCAGCGAGGGUGCAUGCGGACCUACCAUUGAGCUUCCUGGUGCCUACAAGGCCGAGGACGACAACAUCUACAUCCCCAACGUCUACAACGGCUUCGACGUAAGCACCUACAAGGCUCCCGGUGGCCCUGUCGCUUCGUGCGGUGGUGCUGGUGGUGCUAAGCCAUCCACUCCUGCUGCUGCUCCUUCCGCUGCCAACUCCACCGUCGCAGCCCCUACCUCCGCUGCCGCUGCGCCUACAUCUACUCUCGCCGCCGUGUCGUCCGUCGCUGCUGUUGCCGAGACAAGCGCUCCCGCUCUCCCUACUCUUGCACCCGCCCGCCCCUCGAUGAAUGCUACCAUCCCCAGCGCUUCUCCCGUUGCCCCUACCACUUUCGCCACUCUUGUCCGCCCUUCAUCUGGUAUCGCAGCUCCCACUGGUGCCGUUCCCUCCGGAACUGCUGGUGCUGCUAAGCUUUAUCACAGCUGCGGAGGUAUUGGAUGGACCGGUCCUACUACCUGUGAGGGCACUGCCAAGUGUGUCAAGCAGAACGACUUCUACUCUCAGUGCCUCAACUAG